AUGGGUGCCCUGGCUCCAAAACGUCGAAAAAAUAAGAUAAUAACAGAUGAAGGUUUAGUAAAAUUAUGGCAACGCUACGACGAUGGGCGGAUGGAUAUUCCAAAUUUCUUAAAGGCUGCUGUUGUUGAAGGUUUCUUUUCAUCAGCAAAAAAUAUUAAUAGAGGAGUACCUCAAGGUAGCGUGCUUGGUCCCUUACUAUUCUUAAUCUAUAUUGAGGAUUUAUGUGAUAACCUGGUUUGUGACAUGAAAUUAUUUGCUGAUGAUGCCUUACUGUAUAGGAAAGGAACUGAUCUUCAACAAAUGGCUUCUGAUUUAAAUAAUGACCUAGUCAUGAUUGAAAAAUGGUCUCAACAUUGGAAAUUAUCUCGUAAUAUAUCGAAGUGUGAAUCAAUGCUAUUCACAUUAAAACCUGUUCCUGCUGUUCUACCGCGUUUAUACCUUGCUAAUAAUCCGGUCAGGCAAACCACUAUUCAUAAACACUUCGGAUUGCUAUUAACUGUAAGGCUAGAUUGGACUACGCAUAUUGAUAAUAUACUACUUAGGAUCACUAAACUGAUUGGACUAUUAAAAUUGCACAGUCGUGUGUUAAAUCGACAAGCAUUAGAUGUAAUUUAUAAAUCCUUUGUUUUACCGUGUUUUUCUUAUGGAUCUGUUGUUUCAUUUUUUUAUCGUGCCUUAAACGAAUGGUCUAGUCUACCUACUGAUGUGUUACUUACGCUGAAAUUACCGGUAUUCAAAAAGAAAAUAAAAAAACCUGUGAUAGUUAAAUAUCCUGUUGCAGAACAUCGUA